AUCCAUUGUUUACAAAUAUAUUAGAUGUGGUCCUUAAUCUCAGGAAAACACGCCCGGAAAGUUUACGAAAUGACAUCGAAAAAAUGUCGGCGGAACAGGAAAUAGAGCAGGAAGAGUUAACUUCAAAUCUAAUUCAGCACCCUAGCAGGAAACCGCUUGCAGUAAUUAAGGAACAUGUGUUAUAUGUACGGGAAUCUUACAAGGAUCUAUAUCACAUAGUUACUAAUGAGAAUCGCAACCCCAGGCUCCUCAUAUCUGGCACGUCAGGUGUCGGAAAAUCGUGUUUCUUGAUUUAUUUAUUAAUCCGUCUCUUGUGCAAUAAAACCGAUGUCACGGUCAUUUUUAAGGCAUUUGAUGAUACACCUUUAUACUGUUUUGAGAAUUCUAAUCUCUUUGUUGGAGACUUUGAAGAAUUUUCGGAGCGAUUAUAUAACGCCAAAACAUGGUACUUGGUGGAUGGUACAGUUCCCAGGGAUGUCUUAGCAAGAACAGUCGUUUCUGCAUCAUCAAAAAGUAUCAAAGCCAAAGGAUUUCAAGAGUUUACUAAAAAUCUUGUAAAUGAAUUUUGCGUGCCACCGUGGUCAAUUGAAGAGUUGGAUGCCUGUCGACUAAGUGUCUUUCCGAUGAUACCACAAGGUUUAAUGCUUGACCUUAGUGACGAAGUGGGUGGUGUGCCAAGAUAUGUUCUUCAGAUACCAGCAUCCAUUAUUCGAGAAAAUCCCAAUUUCGAGGAACAACAAGCCGUUCUCAGUCAGGAUAUGAUUAAUCUGAUUAAGAAAACGUCUUUAAAACGCGUAGAAGAAGCCCUUCGGGAAAUCAAUGAUAUCAGAAGACUUAUACCGUGCUUAUCUGAAAAUGCCCAAUAUGUCGAAUUCAGCAGUCGCCUUAUUCAUCGGUGGCCAGACACUUCCUAUCGAGAACAAUCCCUCUCAUGGGCCUCUGGUCGUAUUUUUGAUAAAAUCCAGAAAAAACUGGAGGAUAGUAAAUGGAGCAAUCUAUUUCUAAAAAUUCAAGAUCCUGAUGACCCUUCCAGCUCUAGGGGGAUUAUGUUUGAGUCACACGUACUCUAUCUAUUCAAGCUCGGUGGUCAAACGUUUGAAUCGAGGAGACUUAGAGAAAACAAGAAUGAUCCGGUCAUUAACGGUAAAUUAACUAUAUUAACAAAACCAACUACGAAGUAUAUCCGAUAUGCAAGCCAGCUCACAGGAUAUAACCAAGAAGGCAUAAUUAUCAAACCAACCAUAAGAAAUUUCAGUGCGGUAGAUUUAAUUCUUACUCCGAACUGUAUCUUUCAAAUUACUGUGUCUCCAAAACACCCCGUGAAGCAAAGUGAACUGAUCAACAUAGUUCAAAAUAUGCUGGCAUAUAAGGAGAAUCCGAAUGCAAAAAUUUUUUUAUGUUUUAUUGUGCCGGAUGAUAUAUAUGAUACCUUCAGAUACCAAAGUUAUGUAACGCCCAAGAAAAAAAUUGGAAACGAUCUUGAGGCCUUUCAGGCAGUUAAGCGUAAGUCCCCUAUCCUCAAUAAUGUAGAACAAUGGGUCGUUAAAAUUAAAAUGGUACCCGAAAUGACUGUAACGUCUGCGCUGAGCAACGCGAUGGCAGUGGCAAAUUCCUGUUUAUAA